AUGGGGAUAAAGAUUGAGAUGAUGGUGGUUUUGGUGACCCUUUUGUUUAUAUGUGUCACUUCUUCAUCAUUAUUAGCUAACAACAACUAUGAGGAGGAGCAUCUUCUUAGAAGAAACCUUCUUGCUAAUGGUCUUGCUAAAACUCCUCCUAUGGGGUGGAACAGUUGGAAUCAUUUUGGUUGUCAGAUUGAUGAAAAAAUGAUCAGAGAAACUGCUGAUGCUAUUAUUUCUACUGGUUUAUCUAAGCUUGGAUACACCUAUGUCAACAUAGAUGAUUGUUGGGCUGAACUUAAUCGCGAUGAUAAGGGUAAUCUGGUGGCAAAGAACUCAACAUUUCCUUCUGGUAUUAAAGCUCUUGCAGAUUAUGUUCACAGCAAGGGUCUUAAGCUUGGAAUUUAUUCAGAUGCAGGGUAUUUUACAUGUAGCAAACGAAUGCCGGGUUCACUAGGUCAUGAGUUUCAAGAUGCCAAGACUUUUGCAUCCUGGGACAUUGAUUAUUUGAAGUAUGAUAACUGUUUCAAUGGUGGAUCAAAGCCUACUGAGAGGUAUCCUAUUAUGACUCGGGCUUUAAUGAAGGCGGGUCGUCCGAUCUUCUUUUCGCUAUGUGAAUGGGGAGAUUUGCACCCAGCUUUAUGGGGCGCUAAAGUGGGAAAUAGUUGGAGAACUACCGGUGACAUAAGUGAUACAUGGGAAAGUAUGAUUUCAAAGGCCGACACGAAUGAAGUUUAUGCUGAGCUAGCAAGACCUGGUGGCUGGAAUGAUCCUGAUAUGCUUGAGGUUGGAAACGGAGGGAUGACGAAAAAUGAAUACAUUGUUCACUUCAGUUUAUGGGCUAUUUCAAAGGCUCCUCUUCUUCUAGGAUGUGAUGUAAGAAAUGUGACUAAAGAUACCAUGGAGAUAAUCUCUAAUAAAGAAGUUAUUGCAGUUAACCAAGAUCCGCUUGGUGUACAAGCUAAAAAGGUUAGGAUGGAAGGUGAUCUCGAGAUAUGGGCAGGUCCUCUUUCAGGAUACAGGGUAGCCGUCGUGUUGCUAAAUAGAGGUGCACAGCGCAUCGCUAUAACAGCCAACUGGGACGACAUUGGCAUACCGCCAAAAAGUGUAGUUGAAGCAAGAGAUCUUUGGGAGCACAAGACAUUGAAGAAACAUUUUGUGGAUAAGUUGAGUGCAACAGUAGAAUCACAUGGUUGUAAAAUGUAUGUGCUGAAACCAGUAGCAUGA